AUGGCUGAACCUGAGAUAGACGAAGCUCUUUUAUUAGACUGGACAACAGCUAUUGAAGCUCUUGAUUAUGAUACCAUUCAAGAACUACUUGAACACCAACCUCAGCUUUUAUGGACGCCAUUACAACCUGUACAUCUUGAAAGUGAUUUUGCUCAUUUCAUACAACGUCUAGAGUCUUUUAAAUUGUUGGGUACUAGCCUUAGACCUGUUUAUGCGCUUCAUCAUAUUUUAUUUGAUUACGGCUUACCUGGUGAUGAAUGGGCAAAUGAACGCACUGUGCUGGUUGAUUUUAUAUUAAAAAACACAAAAGGAAAUGAAUUAAAUACAUGCUUAUGGGGUGCUGAAAGGAACACACCAAUGCAUCUUGCCUAUCUUUUAAAUCAACCUACACUUACACAACAGCUUUUAGAUAAAGGUUGUUUGACCAAUAUACCAAACAAGUUGGGCCAUUUACCGACUCAGGAACAAAAAGACGAUCAACCUAAACUUCUUGUCAACAAAUCAAAGGCAAAAGAAGCAAAAGCACCUGUCAAUACAUCAGAUCGAUUCAGAAGACUGAGAGAAUUAGCAGAAGCACCUCAUGAUAAGAACAGUAAAGUAUCUAAAGAACGUCAAAAUUCAACUCGUCGAUAUUUUAGACCGGGUCAUUUAGAAGAGAAAAAGAGACGUAUCUUGAAUGAAGAGGAAGAAGAACUUGAGAAACAGCGUCUGAGACGACAGAAAGAUAUCGAAUUAUUAGCUCAACGUUCAGCUGUCAAAAACAACCCGUUAUUUAAGAAAUUUGAAGAACAAAACCAAAAAAAGAAACAAAAGCACCAGCACCUGUUAUACCAGCUGUUCGAGAUAGACAAAAACUUUUGGGCAGUGAUCAAUUCUCUCAAAAACAAUUCUUAUGUUUCCAGUAGCGUGUUUCGCCAACAGACAGAAGAGCCCAAGAAUUUGCAAGUGCCUACCUUAGCACAGUUACGAUUAGGGUCCAAAGAAUCUCUUGUAGAGGAUGAAGACUCUUCAAAAUCAACAGAGAGUAAUACAACCACAACAGAACAAGCAGACAGUAUCUUGUCUCUCGAUAACGAAAGCAUUAAAAGCAGCAGUAGUUCUUCACUCAAACAGUCGGAUGCUUCUAUUAAAAGUAGCAGUAGUUCUUCACUCAAACAAUCGGAUGCUUCUAUUAAAAGUAGCAGUAGUUCUUCACUCAAACAAUCGGAUGCUUCUGUCAAAAGCCCAGAAGCAUCUCUCAAAAGUCCUACUGGUUCAACAUUUUCAUUUAAAAGUUCGAAAAGCGCUUCACUAAAAAGUCCUACUAGUCCUUCUUUUGACAAGAAAAGUUACACAUUAGACCGUGUAACAAUGGACGAAGUAGAGUCUCUUAGUAUUGGAAAACUACCAGAAAAAAAACUGAUUGACAUUGGUCCUAGUAAAGUGAAGCAGAUUGUAAAUGUACAUGAGACUUUGAAUGUCAAGGAAGAAGUUGAAAUCUAUACAGUAGGAAAGAAAUUUGCUGUUUGGAAAAGAGAUACUACAGAUGGAGAACAACAAGAAGAAGAUAGUUUAGUCGGAACUGUUAAAAAAGAAGAAGACAAGUUGUCUUCCGAAAGUCAAUCAGCCAAAGAAGCAACAACAAAGCAAAGAUCAUUAUUAGAAAAAGAAGAAGAACGGAAUGUUGCUACCACUUUGGACAAUUCUACUACGCACACUUUAGAUGAUAUUUUAGACACUAUUCCCGAUGAUGCUUCAAUUGGUAAUUCAAAUACAACAAACGACAUUCCAGAAGCAACUUUGUUAAGCAGCUCUCAGUCAUCAAAUAAAAAAGAAGUGUCUUUAACGAAGAACAGAAAGGAGACAGACACAACUCACAAACCAGGUAUCAAAACAGCUGAAAAUCCAAAUGGCUUGAGCAAAAUAGAAUUGCAAAAAAGAGCCUUGGAAGCGUCUACCAACAAACCUAUCAAAUCAAGAGCAAUGAAAUCGCUCAUUCUAGAGAAAUCGCAUUUGGACCAAAAGAAAGCCUUCUUUAAUCAACAACCUUUGCCUCAAACAAUACCAGUACCAAAGCCCAGUACAAGUACCAUAAAGGAUCAAGACGACAUCAAUAAGGAUAUCAGUCGUUCAACAUCUUCUUCUUCAACAUCUACCUCUUCCUCUUAUUCGAAAUCAACUACAACACCUGUUUAUAACAAUAAUAAUGACUUUGGAAAUGCUCAUAUCGCAAACAAUGAAACUAAUUUUCAACCAUUGCAACGAGAUGAAGCUACUCGCUUUUUUGAACAUGAUACACAACCUAUUGACAAAAGUAUAGCACAGCCUAUUCACCAUGUAGAAAAUCCUUCAGAAACUAUAGACAAUUUAGAUAUGCAACCCAUUAGACAACAUUCAAAAACUACUACUACUACUAUUACUACUACUAAUAUAAUUAACACAGAAGUGUCUGAUAAGAACAGUGAUCAGCCAUCUUCUGCCUCACUUACCACUUCUGCAGCCACCGUAGUUUCUGCAGCCAUUAUCGCUUCUACAGCCAAUGACCUUCCUACUACAGCCAAUGACCUUCCUACUACAGCCAAUGACCUUCCUACUACAGCCACUAAAGAUUCUGUAGCCACCAAUGCUUCUGUAGCCUCCAAUGCUCCUGUAGCCUCCAAUGCUCCUGUAGCCACCAAUGCUUCUGUAGCCUCCAAUGCUCCUGUAGCCACCAAUGCUCCUGUAGCCUCCAAUGCUUCUGCAGCUACUGAAAUUCUUGCGGUCAGUAAACUUCCUACAACUAAUGAAAUUCCUAUAGCUACUGAGGAUUCUACAACUAAUGUCAUCCCUACCACAACAACUAAUGUUCCUGCAGCCAUCAAACUUCUUACAGUUGUUCAGAGUUCUACAGCCACUCAAGUACCUGAAUCUACUCGGAUUCCUGCGGCCAUGGAUGCUCUUACAGCCACUGAGUCUCCCAAAGCCAUCAGUAUUUCCACUGCCAAUGUAGUUUCUGUGACUUCUACUGCUCAAAUACAAGACACUUCUAAAGAAAGUGACGAAGAGGAGGACGCAAUCACACCUACUUAUGCCAAUAUACAUACCCAAAAACCAUCACCAGUGCAUGAUUGGGGAGUAGCUUAUCAAUCACUCAUGAGUCAGCAUGAUAUUAACUUUGAAGAUGAUGACGAUGACCAUGCCAUGAACACACACCAAAACGAACGACCUUCGUUCUCUUCAGACAGAGACGAAACACAUAUUAUGCAGACAUUAUCAUCUCAAGAACAAACAUACACAAAAGAAUUGAACAGUCAUCCACACCGAGCUUCUGUUGCAAGUCAUAUGACUGCCUCAAGUGAAGUCGAAAGCGAGACUUGGUUUGAUCCUGAUGAAGAAUGGGCAGAACAACAACGCAAAUCCAUAAUGUUGGGAGACUAUCAUCAUUCACAAGAGACCAGUCAGCAUGAGAAUGUUGUUAGUAGUGAUGCAUCAUCUGUUCUUUCAGACGUCUACUCUUAUAAGCACUCAAGUUCAACAGAUAAUACAAAAUUAGAGGACGAUGAAGAAGAUGCUUACAGUUAUUAUAGACAAGAAGAACGUCUUGACACGCAUGAUACUAAAAAGGCAGAGAGUCAAGAACAACAAAAGGCUCCUGUAAGCAUUGUGACAACAGUUGACGCAACUGCUGCUGUAAAACAUGAAGAGGAAGAAGACGAUUAUUAUUCAACACGAUUGCAUACGGAAGCAGCAAAAAUUCAAAUUUAUACUAACAAUGAGUUACCUAUUGCAAGCAAAGAAAGAGGCCAAAGUAGUUAUUAUCAUGGCCCUACAGAUGAAGGAAAUCAAGAAGAAGGUGAAAUUGUUGUUUUUAUGGACCAAUCGCAUCAACAACCAGAGAUUCCUCCAUCAUCAAGCAUGAACAACCUAGUGGAUUAUAAUAGUCUUGGUGCACAUCAUUUGGCAUCUAUGUCUACUGCCUCUUUGGUAUCACAGCAAGGUCAAUAUUUAUCUGUGAAGAGAGAAGAUGGCACAGAUGAACCCUCGCUUAUUAAGGUGCCUACUCGCACUGUACCUAUUGCUGAUGCAAGUAAAGAACAAGAGUAUGUUCCUCAUGAUCCCAAUCAUCCUCGAGUAGAAGAUAUCUCACACUACAUGAACACAUUGCCUACAUUAAACAAAACGGGAAAUGAAAUUACCGGUAGUUCAGCCUUUGAUACAACAGAAAAAGAACAUAACAAUAUGGUCAGACGUGCUGUUAGUUCAGUCUUACUCAAUCCAGCUGAGCCUUCUGUGGUAGAAGACAGUCGAGGUAUUCCUAAUGCACACGAAAUGAAUUUGAUGCUUCCUCCAGCUUCUGUGGCUGCAGAUCGUACAAGCGUGGUUGUGACCGAAUCAAAAUCAUCUAUUGAAGUAUCUCAAUAUGGCAAGUUGUACAUUGGUGUCAGUGGCGCGCACAAUGUGCUACUUCCCUUACCUAAGGAAAUCACUUAUGUCCGCUGUGUCAUUAGUGAUGGUGAAUACGAAUAUAUGUCUCGCUAUGAAAUCCUUGGUCCUCAAAUCUUGAUGGACUAUGAGUGUUGUAUUGAUGUACGUCCUGGUAUGAUUAUCACUGUCUCAUUACUUGUGCGCCCUGAUUUCCAUGUGAAACCAAAGACGGGCUGGACCCGGUUCUUUACUUCCAUUCGAAAACAAAAGGAACAUUUAUCAGGUUAUGUUCACCCUGAAGAUGGUGCUAUUGGCCAAACUCGAUUUGCAGUAGACCAUAUGGUGCCUGGUUGUUACAAAAAGACAUAUGAAGCGUAUUUUGAUUGUUUUAAUUCAUGGUAUGCAAGAACAAACCGAGAAAGAGCAAGACGGGAACAAUUUGGGGACGAGGAAGAUUUCUUGAAGAUUAUUGGCAAAUUAAAUGUCGAAAUGCUUUAUUUACCUGUCUCCAGCCCUAACGUGCAAGUGCCAAGAAGUCUAAGAGAAUGUGAUUUGACGCUCAAGAUUAGACAAUGGCAUGAUACAUGCUGGCAGAGUGGUUAUUUGUCUACCCGGUGCCAAGGGAAGAAAAUAUGGGAACGCCACUUCUAUCGCUUAAUUGGCAGUCAACUUAUAGGUUAUGAACAAACAAAAGAAAGCAUAUGGGAUCACUACAAUAUUGCAGAUGUAAUUCGACUAAGCGCAGCUGCUGAUAAAGUACUUGUGACACUUGUGGAAGAAGAUGCAAAAGUAUUCGCAGAUGAUACUAUCCAUUCUCAUCCUCAAAAGGGGUUCUUUCGACUUCAGUUCCCUAAUUAUUACCUGGAUUGUGUUAGUGACAACUUGGAAGAAAGUGAAGAAUGGGUUAAGACGCUAAAAUCAAUGAUUGGGAGAGUGCCUCUAAGAUUACCAUUUACAGACGAACAGCUUUAAGGGAUCGCCAAAUCGGAUAGACCUUGGUGCACGCAUUUUUUAAUUUGCCAAUAAUUCAACUUUAUUUCUAUAUUAAACUUAUUGAUACAUUUGCUU